AUGAUUGACCAGGUGUUCAUCGUCGGAGAGAUAAAUCCCGUCUUCAACAAUACAAUUACGCGACUUAACCCCACUCGUGCCGAUGGAGUACCAGGAAAGUUUGUUCGCUUGCUUGAUGACAUGAAUCAACGAACAACUGCUGCAGUUCGAACACCAGCCGGAUGUACAACACCGUUUGAAGUGGUAACUGGAGUAAGACAAGGGGCUGUGGCAGGACCCUUACUGUUCAAUUUCGCCAUCGACGACAUUAUGCGAAGAACAGUCGACCAGUGUCCUACCGACAUUGUCUUAGCACCACCAGGAUGCCCCUUGACUGACCUCGAGAACGCCGACGAUGUUGUUAUAUUCGCGGAAAGCAGUACGAAACUUCAACAUGUUGUCAACCUUGUAUCAAAGCUGGUUGCAGCCUAUGGACUACGUCUACGUCCUGAUAAAUGCAAGCAGAUGUGGAUCUCUUCGAGAUCUCGAGAACGAGAAUCAGGGUGGACGGACAACCGAUAG